AUUUCGCAUCUUGAUCUUGAUCUCUGUUUCUCUCCUCCUACUGGCGGCGAUGAGAGGGAGAUCAGACGGAGGGAAGAAGAAGCCGGUGAUUGUUUUAGUCUGCGUUGCAUCGGUAGUACUUGUUUUUGUAUAUCUCUUCUUUGGUUCAUCUAACCAUAAAGCAUCAGCUAUUGAGUAUGGGAGAAAACUUGGAUUGAGUGGUGAUGAUGAUGAUGAUAGUAUCAAGAAGGAUGAUACUUCUAGUAACUCGUUUUAUGUAGAAGAUUUAGGCAAUGGUUUCACACCUAGAAGCUUUCCUGUGUGUGAUGAUCGAUACUCGGAGCUUAUUCCUUGUUUAGAUAGGAAUCUUAUAUAUCAAAUGAGAUUGAAGCUUGAUUUGUCUUUGAUGGAGCAUUAUGAACGUCAUUGUCCUCCUCCUGAAAGGCGAUUUAACUGCUUGAUUCCUCCUCCUCCUGGAUAUAAGAUUCCAAUCAAGUGGCCGAAAAGUAGAGAUGAAGUUUGGAAAGUGAACAUUCCUCAUACUCAUCUUGCGCAUGAGAAGUCUGACCAAAACUGGAUGGUUGUUAAAGGAGAGAAAAUUAAUUUCCCUGGUGGAGGCACACAUUUUCAUUAUGGUGCUGAUAAGUAUAUUGCAUCGAUGGCAAAUAUGCUUAAUUUUCCGAACAAUGUUUUGAACAAUGGAGGAAGGCUGAGGACAUUUCUUGAUGUUGGUUGUGGUGUUGCUAGCUUUGGAGGUUAUCUUCUUGCAUCAGAAAUUAUGACGAUGUCCUUGGCACCUAAUGAUGUUCAUCAGAACCAAAUCCAGUUUGCUCUUGAGAGAGGGAUUCCUGCAUACCUCGGCGUUCUAGGGACCAAGAGGCUCCCAUACCCAAGCAGAUCCUUUGAACUUGCUCACUGUUCACGUUGCCGAAUCGAUUGGCUUCAAAGAGAUGGUAUUCUUCUUCUUGAAUUAGACAGGGUGCUAAGACCUGGUGGCUAUUUUGCAUAUUCGUCUCCAGAAGCAUAUGCACAAGAUGAAGAGGACCUCAGAAUAUGGAGAGAAAUGAGUGCUCUUGUGGGGCGUAUGUGUUGGACGAUAGCUGCAAAAAGGAAUCAAACUGUAAUUUGGCAAAAACCUUUGACAAACGAUUGUUACUUGGAAAGAGCACCUGGAACCCAGCCUCCUCUUUGCAAUUCUGACAGUGACCCCGAUGCUGUGUAUGGUGUAAACAUGGAAGCCUGCAUUACUCAAUACAGUGACCAUGACCACAAAACCAAGGGAAGUGGAUUGGCUCCAUGGCCAGCUCGAUUAACCUCUCCUCCUCCUCGGCUAGCUGAUUUUGGCUACUCCACUGACAUGUUUGAGAAGGAUACAGAAACUUGGAGGCAGAGGGUAGAUACUUAUUGGGAUCUUUUGAGUCCUAAAAUUCAAUCAGACACUGUGAGAAAUAUAAUGGACAUGAAAGCAAGCAUGGGUUCUUUUGCUGCUGCUCUGAAAGAAAAAGAUGUUUGGGUUAUGAAUGUUGUCCCUGAAGACGGACCAAACACGCUUAAACUGAUAUACGACAGAGGCCUGAUGGGCGCUGUUCAUAGCUGGUGUGAAGCGUUCUCAACUUACCCGAGGACUUAUGAUUUACUCCACGCUUGGGAUAUCAUAUCUGAUAUCAAGAAGAGAGGUUGUAGUGCAGAGGAUUUGCUGUUGGAGAUGGAUCGUAUUCUUCGUCCAAGCGGUUUCAUACUCAUAAGGGACAAACAAUCCGUAGUCGACCUUGUGAAGAAAUAUCUCAAGGCUUUGCAUUGGGAAGCAGUUGAAACUAAGACAGCCUCAGAAUCAGACCAAGACUCAGACAAUGUCAUACUCAUUGUCCAGAAGAAACUGUGGUUGACAAGUGAAAGCCUCAGAGAUUUGGAGUGAUUACGAUGAUGAGGCCAAAAACUGCCUCCAACAUGAAAAAAACAACAUUCACAAGAGAUUUCUUUCUUGGGCGAAUCUAAUCGAAAACAUACAACGAAGAACAUUCGUUAUAUAGCGGCAAUUUAACGUUCUUUUCUCUUAAAUCUUUCUCUCUUUACAUAUUCAUAUACUUUUGUUUGUAAGGUUCGUUAGAGAUGACUAAAGUUUCCUAUCAAUUCAAACUCUUUUUGUUGCAAUUUAUGUAUUAAAUCAUUGUUUAAUAG